UCCAGUGCGUCAAGUCCUCCAAAGGGGAGAGCAGGCAACUGAAGUCUGGGCAGCCUCUCUUGGCUGCAGGGGCUUUCCAACCAUGGCACGCUGCACCAUCAUGACCUUGGUUCUUUCUCUGCUCUUGUUCCUGGCUCAAGGCUUGCUCCAAGUAGAAGAUAUCCUUGUCCUUGAACCAUGUAGGAUCAUGGGGAUCACUCUCAUUGGCAAAGGGAAAGGGCCAGAAUUUAAUUUCACAGAAGCCAGAGAUGCCUGCAGCACGUUAGGUCUCCGGCUGGCCAGUAAAGUUCAAGUGACAACAGCCCAGGUCUAUGGGUUUGAGACAUGCAGUUUCGGGUGGGUCUCUGACAAGUUCGUGGUCAUCUCCCGCAUUCUCCCCAAUCCCAAGUGUGGUCGAAACAAAAUAGGUGUCGUGGAGUGGAAACUGUCCCCCCAGCAUAAGCAGUAUGCGCACUGUUACAACUCUUCAGACACAUCGGUUAAUUCAUGCUACCCUGAUACUGUCACCACCGAAGACAUAGUCACUGCACCUACUGUAUUGGGCACAACUGAAUCUAACAUCAGCGACGCAGCUGACACAACAACACCAUCUCCAGCCCCACCACCCAAGCCAAAAUGGACAAAAUGGAGCAAGAGAUUAACUUGUGUGACAGAACUAUUUUUAGAAACCAGCACUAUGGAAACGAGUACGGUGCCAGAAGAAGUCCUAUCGACUUUUGAAAGUCAACUUGCAUUUAAGAAUGAAGGUGUUACUUUUGGAGGCUUACCUAUCACACUCUUGGUUCUCGCUCUGAUAUUCUUUAUUGCUGCAGUUGUACUGGCUGUCUGCUACGUCAAAAGGUACAUGGCCUCCCUCCCAUUCACAAACAAGAAUCAGAAGGAAACCGCUGAAGCCAAAGGGAGAAAAGCAGUGAAGACGGAAGAGAAAGUUUCCAAGGAGGAACCAAAGAAAAAUGGGAAAAAGACGGAAGAGCCCAAGAUGACGCCCAAGAUGACACCCAAGAUGACAGUCAAGUACAUGGAGGCUGAGGUGUAGGUGGGCGGGAGGGGACAGCAGAGGACAUGCCUGGGGUCUCUUUACUCUGUACCAGGGUCCAGAGGCCAUGGACACCUCCUGACCUCAAAAGGCUCCUUGUAUUCCCCACUAGAAGCUGCCAGACCCAACAGAUGAAGCAGGAAAGCCCAUGAUCGAUCCCUAACCAGAGGACUCAGGGUUCCCUGAGGAUUAGGGAGCUCAUUCAGAUGACUUCCCCAUUCCUUCCUGCCGCCCACCCACCCACUCCUGGGCCCUAGGUCCUGUCACUCAAUGUCUCCAUAGUGACCUCAGCCUAGACCCAAAAUUCCUCUUCCCUAAUAAAAUCCAGGUGAGAGAAAGUGGAUCUGUCCAACCCCAAUAUCUUAGGAACAUUCCCUGUACAUCUUUGUCAAGGAGUGUUUUAGUGGUCUGGGAAGAGACCAGCUGUGACCCGAGAGUCCCUCAGGCCCAGGGUUGUCAUCCUGGUCCCUAUAUCAAAGAGCAAGGCUUCCUAUGGCCCUGUACUGAUCCUCUGAGCUUAGAUAUAUUAGGCAGGGCAAUGAAUAGGAGCGGAGGCAACAUGGAGCUAAAAGAAAAAAGGGAACCCAGAUACUGACAGUUCAUCAUCUCUUAGAGUCUUAGGGCUGGAAGGAAUCUCAGCAUCCCUCUAGCCUUAAACACUUGGACUCCUUCAGCAUCUAGUGGAGCCCAUACCCAUGUUCAGUCUGACCUGUGGUAGAGCAUUCGGAGCUUAGGGGUCUGAUCAGCCAUGGGCAGACACACUGCCACUUGCCUCUAACAUAGUGAUGUCAUUUUGGUCCUCUUCAAGAAUGAAGGACAACAACCAUCCAACAAAGCCCAUAUAUCCCUUUUCAGAACCAUGUUUUCAAAUACAUUCAAUAAAUAGCAUUCCAAAGACCAGUGAUUUUAAGAUAAAAAUGUAAUUUUUCAUACCCAGAUUCACAGCACCCACUGAAAUCUAAGAAUCCCUGAUCCAGUCCAAUUCCCUCAUUUAUAGACAGGGAAACUGAGGCCCAGAGAGUAGAAGUGACUUGCCCAUGAUUUUACAAGUAACUACUUGUGGCAGACAUAGGAUUUGAACCCAGGUCCUGUGCCUCUCUAGCUGGUGUUCAUGCCACUGUGCCACCCUGGCAAACCUGAUAGAAUAAAUCUCAUUUUCGUCCUUCCUUUCUUUCUUUCUUUCUUUCUUUCUUUCUUUCUUUCUUUCUUUCUUUCCUUCCUUCCU